AUGUACAUCCGCCUCUGCACUCUGGCUUUCGCAGCCUCCCUGCUCUCUACGCCAGCUAUUGCUAUUACUGCCGAUGAAAUCCCCUCCGAUACACCUGUUUCUUCUCUGCUGUCCUCCGCCCAAGCUCAUCUGUCCAGAGGCCAAACGACCGAUGCCCUUGUCUACUACGAUGCUGCUAUCGCUCGCGAUCCUUCCAAUUACUUGACACUAUUCAAGCGUGCCACGACCUAUCUCUCCCUCGGACGUACGAAUCAGGCAGCCGAAGAUUUCAACAAGGUCCUUUCCCUGAAGCCCGGUUUUGAGGGUGCCCAUGUCCAACUCGCCAAGAUCAAGUCCAAGACCGCCGAUUGGGAUGGCGCAAGAGAACAGUACACUUUGGCCAACAAGGACGCUACCUCCCCCGAACUUAUCAGUCUUGAGGAGGCUCAGGGUGCUGCCCGCCUUGCCGAGAUUGCCGAGAAGAAUGGCGACUGGGAAGCAUGUGUUACCCAGGCUGGCGAGGCAAUUCUCACAGCAAACCGUGCCAUUUCUCUACGAGAAAUGAGGUCGCGCUGUCGAUUUCAGCGCGGCGAGGUUGAAGAGGGAAUGGGUGACCUGCACCAUGUUCUCCAAAUGAGACCAGGCGAUGUUUCGCCGCACAUUAAGAUCUCGGCUAUCACCUUCUAUGGACUUGGCGACCUUCAGAACGCCAUGGCCCAGACCAGGAAGUGUCUACACUCCGAUCCUGACUCGAAGCCAUGCAAAAAGCUGCUCAAGCAGCAGAAAGCCAUUGAUAAAACUCUUGCCAGGGUAACUAAGGCAUUCGACAAAUCACAGCCUAUGACUGGGGUGAAGUUGUUGAUUGAUUCUGCCGAUGACACGGGUCUAAUUACCGACAUCAAGAAUCAACUGGAAGAGCUCCGCGCUGACGGUACUGUUCCUGCCACUGCUCAAUCGGCUUUGUAUACCAGAGUGAUGGAGAUGGCUUGCCAAGGCUACUAUGAUAUGAACAGCAAGAAGGCGAAGCAAUACUGUGAGGAUGUCAUCGCACUCGACAGCAAAUCAUUCUACGGCCUCCUGUACCGCGCCAAGACGAUGAUGGAAAAGGAGGAAUAUGAGGCAGCCAUCAGGUCAUUAGAGGAGGCUGGCAAUGUCAGACCUGACAAAAACGAUGUGGUCCAACCCUUGAUGCAGAAGGCUCAAAUUGCUCUUAAGCGGAGUCAGACAAAAGACUACUACAAGGUCCUCGGAGUUCCUCAUGAUGCCGACGAACGUCAUAUCAAGAAGGCCUACCGCAAGCUCUCCAAAAUCCACCACCCAGACAAGGCUGUCAAGCAGGGACUCACUAAGGAGGAAGCCGAGAAAAAGAUGGCGGGCAUUAACGAGGCAUAUGAGGUGUUGAGCAACCCUGAGCUUCGCGAACGCUUUGACCGUGGCGAUGAUCCCAACAACCAACAGCAAGGUAAUCCUUUCCAAGGCAGCCCCUUUGGUCAUGGUCAUCCGUUCAUGUUCCAGCAAGGUGGCGGGGGUGGAAGCCAGCAAUUCCAUUUCAAGUUUGGCGGCGGCGGCGGCGGCGGCGUUUCCCGGUGGCUUCCCCUUCUGAUUGAACGCGCGGGUUCCUGGAAGGCUUGGCAUAAAUUUAAGGAGUUACAGGUCAAACUUGGAGUUCUUGGGGCCUUUCAGAGGCAAUUAUCAUCGUUUUUCUGUUCGUAA